CUGGGGGACCUUCUUAUGAACAGCCCCCCAUCCCUUUAUGGCAGGGGUUCCUUUAAAGACAACCUUGAUUCUUAAAGUGAGCCCUGUUACUGGUAGACCUCCCUCUCUUCAUUGAUAUCUUCGUCGUAAAAUAUUUUCAAGUGCCUUAUGCUUUUUGUCCGAUUUUCAUUCUGGUACCUAUCGUCCUUCCAAACCAGAGUUUCAUGGAAUGAAAAUCUUUCCCUCGCACCACGCAGCUCAGGGAAAGCCAGACAACACGGGCUAGUCUGUUCCGGCAACAGUUGUCUGACAGUACGGCAGAACUACCUAUUAACCAGGGUGGUUUAACGGUACUACGUGAGGGAGAGCGGCUGAGUCGGAGCCCGAUUGCACCAAAAUGCCUUCCUUGGAUUAGCACUGGAGUCGAAAUGAGCUUUUCCGUGGGUGAUCCACCCUUCAGGGGAGGCUCCUGCUCCUCCUUUCGGCCCGCAGCACGUUAUUUUCUGGGAGCGCGACCAGUCGAGAGAAACCGCCCCCGCGCACUGAGAGUUUGCGAGGCCACGGCCCAAAGUGAGCGCUAGGGGGCCGUCGUCUCCCGCUCUGAUUUGGCCGCGUCCCCCCACCCUCUCCGCCCCCCGGCGAUGGGCAUGUGGGGGCUCCGCUGCGAGGUUCGCCCGGAGAGCCGGAUCGCCACUCGCACUGGGGCUGUUCGUGGAACUGUGACCGCUCUUCCGGCCGCGGAUCGGGGACGGCGAUCUCCAUCUGCCCCCCUUUCCGGCAGCGAGAUCCACACUCUUGCUCCUCCAACCGUAGAAAGCCCGGCGAAAAGAAAGAAGACGCGAACCCAGGACUGAAGGACCAUGAGGGCUGCCAGGAGGGCUUCCAAGAAGAAGAGCAAAGGGGCUUUUUAGAAGAGAUUGGACGCUGCAGCCGCGAGGCUGGGGCCAGAGGGCUGGCAGUGGAAAACUCUCUUGGGCUGGGAUAUCUCAUCUAACAGUUCCUGGUGCCUUUUUGCCAGCUGCAAGAAAAGUCAGGAGAACGAGAAGACGAUGUCAAUAGCGCUGAAGCAGGUUUUCAAUAAGGACAAGACCUUUCGGCCCAAGCGCAAAUUUGAACCCGGCACCCAGAGGUUUGAGCUCCACAAGCGAGCGCAGGCCUCUCUGAACUCGGGCGUGGACCUGAAGGCUGCAGUACAGCUGCCUAAUGGGGAAGACCAGAAUGACUGGGUGGCAGUUCACGUGGUGGAUUUCUUCAAUCGCAUCAACCUAAUCUAUGGGACCAUCUGUGAGUUCUGCACUGAGAGGACCUGCCCCGUCAUGUCGGGGGGCCCCAAAUAUGAGUACCGGUGGCAGGACGACCUCAAGUACAAGAAGCCUACUGCAUUGCCAGCACCCCAGUACAUGAAUCUGCUCAUGGACUGGAUCGAGGUGCAGAUCAACAAUGAGGACAUAUUUCCUACUAGCGUGGGUGUUCCCUUUCCAAAGAACUUCCUUCAGAUUUGUAAGAAGAUCCUGUGCCGACUCUUUCGGGUGUUCGUGCACGUCUACAUCCAUCACUUUGAUCGCGUCAUCGUGAUGGGAGCUGAGGCCCAUGUCAACACCUGCUACAAACACUUCUAUUACUUUGUGACAGAGAUGAACCUCAUAGAUCGCAAGGAACUGGAGCCUUUGAAAGAAAUGACUACCAAGAUGUGUCACUAAAAAGUCAUCUGUGAGAAGGAAGAAGAAUGCAAUUUCCUCCAUGGGGACAAGCGAAAACAUGAAGAAGUCUUUCCGGGCUGAAAUAGUUCAAUUCCCAGGAUCAGGAAAGUUAGGCACCGAAGAUUAUUUUCCAGCAACGUUUCCCAACCUCCAAGUGUGCUCUUAACCCUCAAAGUGCUGCUAGCAACAUCCUAUUGACCAUGUGGAUUAUACAGCAUAUAAAUAUAUAUAUAUAUAGCAUAUAUGGAGCCGGGGGGGAAUCCUAACUUUUCUGGUUCAAGAAUUAUUUUAGGAGGCAACCCCCGCCAUUCCAAGCAAUUCCAACUGUAGUGUUUUCCUGCUGUUUAAGCUUUCCUGAAAUUCAGGUUUUGAGGCUGAGAUGCAUAUUUGUAUGUUUUUCACUGAACCUGUGUUAUCAGCUGGCCUAGUUUUCUGCAUUUCACUUUCCAAGUACAGUGUAAAUUUAAGAAGUGUAGAUGCUCAACCAAGUUUGCUGUAAAGUGUCUUUCUUCCAAAUCCUUCAAAUUCCCUACUCUCUAAACUGGUCCUGUUGCUUAGUAGUCUGAAAUGCCGUAGAGCAUCAAUAUCAAUGUAAACCCAGCAAACAACCUCAUCACAGCAUUCCCCCAUGUGCAUCUGAUGAGGUAGUCCUCCACUUGAUCAGUUAAUCUCAACUCCAAACAGUGGCUUCAAAUCAAAUUAAGUAGAUUAGGCAGUCUCCCAGGAUAAUGAGUGGAUGCCCACUUAUUCUGGUGAAUAAAUUAGUUUUUCUUUCUUUCUCCUUUUUCUCUAUUUCCCAGGGGGCUUUUACCUUGGGCAAAAUCUGUAAAUUGAGGAGGAUGAGGAGUGAGCAUCAGACCAGGACUGUUAAAGGUAGUCUGAUAAGGCAAUUGUUGCUAAUAACUCAUCAUUAUUGAAGUUCUGGAGAUGUCUGCCCAUCCUUUCUCAUCAUCUUUCCCCCUUACAAUAUUGAACAAGGGAAAAUUGACCCCUGGUCUUGAAGUACAGCACCUAAACCUGACCUUGGACAUACAAACUGGGUCUGCAUGAAGGUCCAUCUCCCUCCUAGGAAAUGUCAUUUUCCAGUUGGAACAGUUUAUUCUGGUCAUUUCCACCAUUGGAUUUGAAUCCUCGCCUGAUGGUGGAAAUAGGAGAACCCACGAUUCCAACUUUAAAUAAUGGCUCAGAGAGGUACUGCUAGCUGCUUAACUCCUCAUCUGGAGCCAUAACCACGGUGGAGCUAAUUCUCCUCCCAUCUUUCCGUUUCAGUUGAAGGCCAGAAUUAGUUGCCUUGUCGAAGUGUCAACUGAGACCAACCCCUUUUUGUUGAUGGAAAGGGGUGACUUUAAUAAGGCUCUUGUUUUGGGAAGGGGAUAUUAGCAUGUGUUUUCUUCAUGAUGAUUUGAACUUCACAAGGUCAAUGUAAUGAGAUUUUUUUAUGCAAAAUUACUGAAAAGUAACAAAAAAUAACUCUGGAAUUUUCACUUUGGUAUGCCCAAAUGCCUUGCUUCUUUCAUUCUGUGGAGAAUGAGAUGCCAUGGCUAAUCAGACUAAGGGAUGGAUUUAUGAACUCUAUGGUAUUCAUUGUUAAAUUAGCUAAGUAGAUUGACCCUUUGUUUUAGAGGGUGAUAUGACUUGCGUAUCUCUGAAGCUUUUAACUAGAAAAUGUAGCUCUGUAACAUUGAAAACCACAAUAUUUUACAUUCAAAAUUAACUCUCACCUUGAGUCCCACUACUACCAUUUGUUGUGCAGUUUGGACAUAUUGUAGUGAGAGUGUGAAAUCUGAAGGCUUUUAUCAUCAAAUAUUUUAAAUACUGUUUUCUCAAGUACUAAUUGUGCAUGUGGUAUUUUCAAAGAGUUGAUAAAAACUCUUUUUUUUCUUAGUACAGUUUCCUCCUGUUGGUACUCCCUGAUUGCACUCCCAUAGUGUUUGUCUAUGUAAAUGUCUCAUUUUUUAAAUUAUUUUAAGAUGUAACAAGAGAGCCUAAUUUCUAAAAUACUUGGCCAACAGAUUCCUAAAGAUCUCAUUGUCACUUCUCUUUGGCCUGACUGCUUCCCAUGCAUGGCUCUUAUUUGCAGGGAAGGACUUGACUGAUGAUCCCCGGAUUUCUCUGACUCUUGAUCCAGUACUGACCAUUCAGUGCUAAAAUAGAAUUUCCAUGGCUGCCGUGGGUGGAAAAAAAAAACAAUGGCAUGGCUCACACCCUUGCUCCUAUCUUCCCUCUUUCAUGACCUUUAGUGAUGACAGUGAUUGAAGGGUGGCAUAUUGCCACAGAUUUACAAGUCUGAAAUACCAAGGCUGGGGUUAGAGAAGGAAGGAUGCAGAUGAAGAGGUUAGAGCAGUAAACUGGUGAGUUUCCAAUUGAUCAUUAAAUUCUAGAUAAUCUUCCCUGGAGUCUGAGUACAUUGAAUGAUGUUCUCAUCGUUUAUCCAGGACCUCCUUUAGUCCCCAUUCUCCAGUGUAUAUAACAGGGGAUUAGACGUAGAUUCAUCACAUCUUUCUUAACUGAAGAACGGGGAAGAAGACAGAUGAAUCUGUUUGUUAUGGGAAUGUGUGUGCUCCCAUGUUCAAGGUGGCUUGUGGCUAGCAAUAAGAGUGUGAGCCCUGCUUCCCUUACAUUCCCUUACUUUUUUCUUACAUUCAGUUCCUAUGAUCUUGGCCAUAGUUUUUGCUAUUGUCUUCUGCUUCUUGCAGUGGUACCUUUGGCUUAGUGCACUUUUAAUCCUGAAGAAAGGGAAUCAGAGUCUCUUAAGCAGAAAAGAGUUUGGAAGCAUAUCUAGUCAGUCCCUCUGUUUAUAGGCAGGAGUCCUCUUAGGGCUUUCAAAAAAAUGAGAAUUUAGCCUGUUAUUAAAGAAUACCAGAGAAGUAGAGUCCCAAACUUUCCCAGGAACCUAUUCUUCUGUUAAAACAACUCACUGUUGGAAUGGUAGAUUCUUCUUCAUAUCUGAACCAAAUCCCUCUUGCAUUGGGUUAAGGCCAUUUCCUCUUGUUCUGACCUCAGUGGCGAUGGAGCCCAGCUGUCUAUUUCUUUUUGCCAAACUUGGACAUAGCUAGUCCUUCCCAAUCUGCUUUGGUCUGUGUGUUUUUUCCUCCUCAGCUAUAUUACCCUGAAAUGGUCCUUUAUUCAUCUGUUCAUUCCUCCAGAUUGUCUAUGGCACCUUGAACUCUGAUCCCAUUUUCUAACAUUGCCUACCACUAUUCCCAAGGUCAGUAUCAUUUACAGGCUUAAUUGGACAUGCUCCCUAUUCCAGCUUUUAUUUCAUUGAUAAAACUCUUAAGAACUCUGGGCUAAGACCAGAGCACCACUUUGUUAUGGUUUUCCAAGUUUAAGUGGAUCUUUUAAUAACUACACUCCAUCCAGUUCCGCACUCCCCAGUAUUUGUGAGGCUUGGACCCUCCACAGCAGUAUUUUCCCAGUUUACUGAUAGGAACAUCUUUCAGGGCAGAAUCAAAAGCCUUUUUUAACUCGAGAUAAAUGGCAUCUGUUCAUUCUCCUUGAUCUUUCAGACCUGUUACUUGGUCAAAGAAGGAAUUGAGAGUAGUGUGGCAGGAUUUCUUCUCAACUCCCAAGAUACCCCUGAGAAAGGAGUUGAAAAGACAUUUUUUGACUGAUCCUGUUCGUCGUGGAAUAUCCUGAAUGGUUUGAGAGACUUAAGAACAGGUACCUAAGAUCAGACUCAAACUGAAUCCUUUCCCUUCUCCCUCAAAAAACUGACAAAGAUUGAAGAUUUGUUUUUAAUUUCCUUAUAAACCUUCUAAGAAAACUGACAAAGAUUGAAGAUUUGUUUUUAAUUUCCUUAUAAACCUUCUAAGAAGUUGGCAUAUGUAGCUCUACACAUUCCUGAAUGAAAUGAGAGUAGCUGUUUGAAAUAGGUACUCAGGAGGAAAUAGGGAAAUGCUAGAGAGUGGUCAGUGGUGUAAGGAGAUAUUUAAGCAACAAAUAGAUCAGUUUUUCCCAAUCAGUAGCCAGAACAGAGGAAUCAAAAGUGGUCUGAAGCAUUAGUGAUGACAUUUUGUUGUUUAUCCAAUCUCAUUGUGAUUUUUUCCCCCUUUUUGAGAAAAACAGUACUAUUCAGCAAUUGGCCAAAGUAGAUUUUUGAACUUGUAAAUUUUUUUCUCAUGCUCUUAAAAUUGAUUUACUAAAAUUUUGUAAUAGAAUAUUCCUCUCUGAUUAAGUUGAUUCUAAGAUGUUUUUAUUGGGUAGGUAAAGAAUUUUGUAAUUUUUAAAGGAAGAUGCAUAUUUCUAACCAAGCAAAUAAAUUUUGACCAGCUUUUAAUCUCCAAACUUCAAUGUCAUCUGGUAUUUUUUUUAGCAAUAUCAGAGAAAAUGGGUUUUUUUAGAAUAUUUAGUUCUAUUUGUGAUUAAAUGAAGAGUUUGAAUGUAAGAAUACAGAUAAGCACCUAUAAAUCAAAUUGGAAAAGCAGGUUAAAAUGAAAGGAUACUUAUAAAAAAAAAGCUUUAGUUUGUAAGCCUAAGGAAUUCAAACAUCAUAAAUAAAAGAUAUAUAACUCUA